AUGAAUCUACGGGUGAAAAUUCUUGACGGUCGAGAUAUCAGUCUCACUCCAUCUCCUUCGACCUCACUCGAACAAUUCAAAGAGUUGAUAUUUCAACAAACCGGUAUUCCUGCUAAUCGACAACGGCUGAUUUAUCAGGGUCGCCCUUUAACCAACAACAGCGGAGCAUUGGAAACACUUGGUAUUCAAGAUGGACAUGUCAUUCAUCUCGUGGAACGACCUGAACAG